AUGAUGAGGACAGAGUCACGCCAACUUGUAAAAGAGAUCAGUUUUCACAAUGACCGCCGUGGCGCUUGUUCUUGGAUCUUGAAUUUGCUGUGGCUAGUGCUGGGUGGAUGGCACAUGUGGUUGACUUGGUUUUUGACGGGCAUUGCUUUGUGUGCCACUAUUGUGGGCAUUCCCUGUGGCUGGCAGGCAAUCAAGAUUUCCAUCUUUCUCUUGUUCCCAUUUGGAAAGAGCAUUACUUAUACCCAUGAAAAUAUUGAAGACGAAGCAGGGCGGUGCUGCUUUCGAAGCUGUAACUGCUUUCUCAAUGUCGUUUGGGCAGUCACUGUGGGAUGGAUUCUCGCCCUCCAAGCAUUACUGACGGGUGUCGCGCUAUUUGUCACCAUUAUUGGCAUCCCAUUUGCCAUUCCAUGCUUCAAGCUGACCUACCUCUGCUUUUGUCCGUUUGGAGUUGACUUUACAGCAGAGGAAGUGCAAACAAUCGUUGUCACCAGCUCAACCACAAACUAUCAUUCCAUGCCUGUUUAG